UCUCAAAAAAAAACACUCAACGCCCGACCCAGAUCCCCAAUCCCAUCUCCGCUCCCACCUCCUCUCCUCCUCUCCCAAGUCCCAACCCGCCAUGGAGGGGGCCCGCCCCCCAGCGCCGCCGCCGCCUCCGGCUCUGGCGGCGGCGGGGAGAAGGGCGCCCUGUGCCAGGAGUGCGGGGAGCAGCCGUGGAAUUACCGGUGCCCGGGCUGCUCCCGCCUCACCUGCAGCCUCCCCUGCGUGCAGGCCCACAAGCGCCGCACCGCCUGCUCCGGCAAGCGCCCCCGCACCGUCCCCGUCGCGCUCGCCCAGUUCGACGGCAACCAGCUCCUCUCCGAUUACAACUUGCUGGAGGAGACGAGCCAGGUCAGGGAGUCGGCCCACAGGCUGCUCGACGGCUUCGGCUGCGGCUUCGAGGGACGCCAUGGCGCCCAGCUGCCGCCGUGGCUCUCCUUCCUCAGCAAGGCCGCGGAGCGCCGGGGCGUCCGACUCGCCGUCCAAACCUGAAUUUUCCAUGGACCAUGUUGCUUGUUUCUACCGGGAUAAGUGCGAGGCAUACAUUCCUGCCGGUGUCGGCGGCUCGAUCAGGUCGGGGGGCAUCGGUCGCCGAGGCCGAGAAGACCGGGCUGUCGUUGGAUAGCUUCAAGACAACCGUUGUCAAACGCGACGACGAAAACAUCCAUGUGAGAUUGUUUGUGAACUCUGCCAAGCCAUGUUAAAUUAAAGCUGUCAACUCAGGAAAAAAAAAUUGGGUCCUGGUGAUAUAUAAGGAAGUCAAUUAAAAUAUUUUUCAUUGACCAUUUGUAGUAGUAUAGAUUUCUUAAAGGAUUAAACAAAAAUCUCCUAUGUCUAGAACUAGAAGACAUCUUAGAAAGUUAGGAUACAGAGCUAGAAGGAUGCACAACUUCAGGAAAGAACAAUUAUUAUAUUUUAAGGUUGUAAAGGUUGUAUGUUGUGUUUGCUAAGACUAAAGAUUGUAAAUUCAUCAUCGUACCAAUGUCGUUCUCUUUGCAGAUGAUUCUAGAAACUAUAUUAUGCUAGGAGUGCCUUACUGCAGCAACUAGCAGCAAGGCCAGCCACUGGUUAAACUGGAAAGUUGUACUGACUUUCAGCAAGAUCAUGCGAUGAUCUUAGUAUGCUUCUGCUGCCAAGUAAGAAAUACAGUUUGUCAAAGUAUGGAUGUGGGCUAAAAUGGAACCCGGUGGACAGAUCGUUCCCAAGAAAAUCCGUUGAAUAUGUGAAUCUAGAAGUACUGCUGAUUGUAGAGAUUGAUUCUUUGAAUAUGUGAAUCUAGCGGACAGAUUGCCUCUCUGCCCGCUCGCUCGCCAGCGGCAGCAUCGCACACCAAGGUACGCGCCUCCCCCGUCGUCGUUCCUCUUCCGUUCGGGAACUCGCUGGUCGAUGUGCACGCACGGGACCAAUGUCUGAAGCAUAGUACAACUUUCCAGUUCAACGAUGGUGGCGAGCCGGUUAAAUUUGCAAAUCUAAGUUUAUUUGUGCUUGAAAUUCCUGCCUGUUGAGGGCAUAGCUUUUGGACGAUUAGUUACCAUGGGCUGCACUACGAUUUGUGAAUUAUUAAUGCUGACGAAACGACGAGUGAUUGAUUCUACUGAUGCAUCUCUUUAUGGCAGAAAAGCUCAACACUCUCAAGGACCAGCUUAGGGGACUGGAGGCAGGUCCGGCAGAAGCUCUGUCCAGUAAGCAUUUCUUCACCCUUGGGCAACUUUGCACAAAUGGAUUGUGUAUUACACUCCAAGUGCUUCUUUUUGUUAUGGAUGGUUCGGUCUAUGAGCCAUGUGAUCAAUGUUUGAUUUCAUCGUUGUCCUUUGCUGCAUUUGAUGGACUUGUAAACUAUCUCUGCGGCACAAAAUUUGACCAUGGAGAUGACUAACAUGGCUUCUCUGUCUUAUGCUCUAUUUGUCAGUGAAAAAUCUUGCACCUUGACCGACAGAAUUAAGAGGGACUAGAAUGGGGAAGGACCUCUGUUGUAUCAGCUAACAGUAACACAUCAGCAGUACCUAAUGAUGUAUGGUUCCAACCCUCAAGCCCACGAUGGAACUGGUUACUUGAAUGUGAAUGGCCAACUCCAUGCCAGCUAUCUUUUAAUCUUACUAUGCUUUUGCAUUAUCUUCUUCAGUGAGAAGUUGUUAUAUUUGAAAGGGAACAGGGCAACGUGUUGCAUUCUUGCUUUUGUUAGAGCACUAUAUUUUAUUAUUAACCAUGCUAUGGUCCAAACUCCUUUUUAUUCUGCUCAUAUGAUAUUUCUCAUCUUUUGUUUUCUGUCCUGAUGCCUCCUGUAUUUAGAGUAGAAAUAUUCUUAAUUUAGUGUUUCUUGAACAUGGCCAGGGCAAUGGAUAAAAUCUACUCCGGAGAGUUGACAGAGGGAGCACAUGCUAAGUUGACUUUUUCCUACGGAUUUGCUUAUCGUGAAGAUGCUUGCAAGGAUGCAGAGGGAGCGGAUCAUUUGGAGAGAUGCCACUGUUUGGUGUUUUUAUGCAUUUUGGUUUGCUUGUAACUGUGUUUGCACUAGCUGGGAGUAAGUGACUUGGCAAGAAGUGUAGGUGUUUUAAUUGAAGGCCUGAAAACCAUGACAAUUAUGUAUGCUCUUACAGGAUGUGCUCUAAUGCCGCUGGUUUAUUAUAAAUCUAGGAUUAGUAAUGAUGUGUACUG